AUGUCUAUGUACACAUCACGUUUAAAAUCCGAAUACAUUCCAUUAUCAGAAAUCAAAAGACCCAUUCCACCGGUUUUAGAUUACCAGAAAAUAGAUGCAAUGUUGUCAACAUUGAAAGGAACACCAAUGGCAUCUGCUACCUGCAAAGUUGAAGAUAUAACAGCUGGAGAAUUGCCACCAAUUGACGUUUUCAAAAUCAGAGAGAAUGGUGAGAAUUAUUACUUUGCGUUUGGUGGUUGUCAUAGAUUCCAAGCAUAUGAUAGAAUCUCAAAGGAAACAGGAGAAGAAGUUAUGGUUAAAUCGAGGAUUCUCCCUGCUACUAGAAAGACAUUGAGAAUAUACCUAGGGGCUUCAGUUGAUAGCUUAUUCGAUAAAGUAGAUAAUACAAAUUAG